AUGGCCGAAAGACACGCGCCCGCUCCCCGCGCCGUCGGCGCCGGCAUCAGCAAGGCGCGCAACGGGGUACCCUCCAGCGUCAGUGUGCGCCGGAACCUCUUCCAAAGCCAUGCCACGCGCCGGGUCCCAGCAAUCCCCUCUGCCGCCCCAUCGGAUGACAUGCACAUGGACACCGAAGCCGCAGCAGCAGCAACCGCAGCAUCAGCAUCACAUAGAGACCACCACCUCCACCAACAAAACGUAUUCCAUAACCAUCACCAUCUCCAGCAACACAACAGCCAAUUUCAACCCCUGUCCGAUUCCAGGGGCAGCCCCUCUCCCUUCGCGCAUCGCAACGACGAGGAUGACAUUGUAGUGCGCGACCACAACGGGGAGAUUGAGCUUGAGGACCCACCGACGCCUAUGGUGGACGACGACCCGCAGCAGUUGGAAGCGUUGGAGGCACAGCACGAGGACGAGAUGGAGCGGCAGCGCCUGGCCGAGGCUGUGAAGCAGCAUCAGAUUGGGAUGGGGCAGCAGCAUGGUCUGCCGGUUGAGCAUGAGGCAGAGCUUGUUGAGGCAGUCAAGGCGAGCCUGAGAGCCAAGGUGGCCGAGCUUGACGAGGACAACUGGCUGUAUGAGCUAGCACGGAGACGGCAGCAACAUCGGUGA